AUGUCCAAAAGCGACUUCUCCCAAGACCUGUUGGUCAACUCCCACCAGGGCCACCAGUCCGCCUCCGCUCGUAUUCCCGUCAUCGCCAGGCCAUUCGUCAGUGACCGGGCAAAGAAGACAUUAGACAUCGUCGAGAAGUUCGUCGAAGAAGAAUGCAUCCCCGCCGACGCCGUCUACACGCAACAAAUCGGCUCCGGCCCCGCCGAGCGUUUCUCCUCCCAUCCCGCCAUAAUCGAAGACCUGAAGAAGAAAGCCCAGAAGCUCGGGCUCUGGAACAUGUUCCUGCCCGUCGCGCACUUCAAGGAGGGCGCCGGGUUCAGCAACCUCGAGUACGGCCUCAUGGCCGAGUAUCUGGGCAAGAGCCGCACGGCGUCUGAGGCGACGAAUUGUGCCGCCCCGGAUACGGGGAAUAUGGAGGUGUUGGCCAAGUAUGGGAAUGAGGAGCAGAAGAAGAAGUGGUUGGAGCCGUUGUUGAAGGGGGAGAUUAGGAGCGCGUUUUUGAUGACGGAACCGGAUGUGGCGAGUAGUGAUGCCACGAAUAUUCAGUUGAGGAUGCAUAAGGAGGGGAAUGAGUGGGUUUUGAAUGGCUCGAAAUGGUGGAGCUCCGGCGCCGGCGACAAGCGGUGCAAAGUCGCCAUCGUGAUGGGCAAGUCCGACCCGGACAACAAGGACGUAUAUAAGCAGCAGUCGGUCAUCCUAGUCCCAUUCGAUACUCCGGGCAUCACGAUCCACCGCAUGUUGUCCGUCUACGGCUUCGACGAUGCGCCACACGGCCACGGCCACAUCACCUUCAACAACGUCCGCGUGCCGGCCUCGAGCAUGGUCCUCGGCGAGGGCCGCGGCUUCGAGAUCAUUCAGGGCCGUCUUGGACCCGGCCGUAUCCACCACGCCAUGCGGUCGAUUGGCGCUGCCGAGAAAGCACUCGAGUACUUCCUCGCCCGCAUGAAUGACCCCCGCAAGAAGCCCUUCGGCAAAAACCUCUCCGAGCACGGCAUAAUGCUUGACCGAGUCGCGCGCUCGCGCAUCGAGAUCGAUGCCGCCCGCCUCAUGGUGCUCAACGCCGCGAUCAAGAUCGACGAGUCGAGCGCCAAAGGCGCGCUCAAAGAGAUCGCCGAAGUCAAGGUGCAGGUUCCCUCCAUGGCGCUCGAGGUCAUCGACCGGGCCGUGCAGGCCUACGGCGGCGCAGGCGUGUGCCAGGACACCCCGCUCGCGAAUAUGUGGGCCCAGGGCCGCACGAUGAGGAUUGUGGAUGGGCCGGAUGAGGUGCAUAUCUUGCAGCUGGGACGGAAUGAAAACAAGAGGGGGAAGAGCCUGUUGAAUAGGAUUGAGGCGCAGAAGAAGAGGAGCGCGGAGUUGUUUGCGGAGUAUGGGAUCAAGGAUACGGAUCCGUUGAGCUUGGAGAGGGUUAGUGGGGGGAAGGCGAAGUUGUAG